CAUUGAGAAUUUACUCUCUCUCGCUCUCGCUCUCGCUCUCGCGCAGUGCGGCUCCUCUGCCUUUUCGCUUAUCGCUUCCUUCACUGUUUGACUUCAUUUUUGUUGGAAAUCUAAAGCAGACUCUGUUUUCCGCUGUUCUUUGUUUCUCUUGAUCCAGUUUAUCCAAAUUCAGAGAUUUUUUUUCGGUCUUCUGAUUCCACCUAAAAACGUAAAAGAAAGUAUUAAAUUUGUAUAGAAAAGUAGCAAGAUUGAGUUGCAGGUUAGGGAUCAUCGCCUGUUUGAUCAUCUUAGGUUCGCUUUUCCAGCUUUUAGUUCUAGCAGGAGAAAUUAGAGGUUCACACUUCACUCUGAUCUGGAACCUGUUGUUACCAGCUACAUUCAGCUCCAGGUUUUGAGAUUUCGUCCUCUUUUAUUCAUCCUUUUUGCCUUCUUGAAUUAGUUAGUUCAAUUAGGGCUUUCUUACUUCAUUCCCGAUCUAGCUGCAUCUACUUGUACUAGAGAAAUUGAUUGUUUUCUCUCUCAAAUUGGAUUGUUUUAUUGCUAUAGAAGUGAUAUUCAGGCCUUCUGCUCUCUUCAGAUCUCAGACUUGGAACUUUGAGCUGAUGUACAUUCCAAAAGAUCUCAAUAUACGUGUUCUGUAAGCGAAGCUCGCUUGUGAAGUAAAGGUUGUAUCCACCUUCUGAUUUUGUUUAAGUACGAGUUAUCUGAAGAUUCUGGUUCUAGUUAUUUCGGUUCGUCGAAUUUGUGGGAUGUUCCUCUUGAUUUCUCGCUUUGGAAGAUUUUAAGCUUUCACUUCUAAGAUGCAACCUGAUCAGCGGAAGAAGGCAUCUGCUGAGGUAGAUUUUUUCACAGAGUAUGGUGAGGGGAGCAGGUACAGAAUAGAAGAAGUAAUAGGUAAAGGGAGCUAUGGUGUUGUUUGCUCCGCAUAUGAUACUUACACUGGGGAGAAAGUUGCAAUUAAGAAGAUCAAUGAUAUCUUUGAGCAUGUCUCUGAUGCUACACGCAUUCUUCGUGAGAUUAAGCUUCUUAGACUCCUCCGUCAUCCUGAUAUUGUGGAAAUUAAGCACAUCCUGUUGCCUCCUUCAAGAAGGGAGUUCAAAGACAUAUAUGUUGUUUUUGAGCUUAUGGAAUCUGAUCUGCACCAGGUUAUUAAAGCAAAUGAUGAUUUGACACCAGAACAUUUUCAGUUCUUUCUUUAUCAGCUUCUUCGAGGCUUGAAGUACAUACACACAGCUAAUGUUUUUCAUCGAGACCUAAAACCAAAAAACAUCUUAGCAAAUGCUGACUGCAAGCUUAAGAUUUGUGAUUUUGGUCUUGCAAGGGUGGCUUUCAAUGAUGCACCUACAGCCAUAUUUUGGACAGAUUAUGUUGCAACAAGAUGGUAUAGAGCUCCAGAAUUGUGUGGAUCCUUCUUUUCAAAGUACACACCGGCAAUAGAUAUUUGGAGCAUUGGAUGCAUCUUUGCUGAAAUUUUAACAGGGAAACCUCUCUUUCCUGGAAAAAAUGUGGUCCACCAGUUGGACUUGAUCACAGAUCUAUUGGGAACACCUUCUCCUGAAGCCAUUGCCAGGGUACGUAAUGAGAAGGCACGCAGAUAUUUAAGCAGCAUGCGCAAAAAAAAGCCUAUACCUUUCUCCCAAAAAUUCCCAAAUGCAGAUCCUCUUGCUCUUCGUUUGUUGGAAAGGAUGUUAGCAUUUGAACCCAAAGACCGACCCACUGCUGAGGAGGCUUUAGCAGAUCCCUAUUUUAGAGGCUUGGCCAAGGUUGAGAGGGAACCUUCUGCUCAACCUGUAACCAAGAUGGAGUUUGAGUUUGAGAGGAGGAGGAUAACAAAGGAGGAUGUACGAGAGCUCAUUUACAGGGAGAUUCUUGAGUACCAUCCUAAGAUGCUGAAAGAGUUUCUGGAGGGAACUGAAUCAACUGGUUUUAUGUAUCCAAGUGCUGUUGACCAAUUUAAGAAGCAAUUUGCAUACCUUGAGGAGCAUUAUGGAAAUGGUGCAACAGUUGCUCCACCUGAGAGGCAGCAUGCAUCAUUACCCAGACCUUGUGUAUUAUACUCAGACAAUACAGCACAAAGUUCAGCAGAAGUUACUGGGGAUCUCUCCAAAUGUAGCAUCAAGGAAGUUGAGAAGACACAACCAGACAGGGGUUGUGGGAUUCCUACAACAAGGGUUCCUCUACAAGUACCUCAGAGACUCCAAGGUGCGAAGCCUGGGAAAGUUGUUGGCUCAGUGUUGCGGUACAAUAACUGUGGAGUAGCGGCAGCAACAGAGGCUCUUGAGCAGCGAAGAAUGGCCAGAAACACUGCCGUCACAGCUCAGUGUGCUCCUAGUUGUUCAUAUCCAAGAAGGAACCCUGGCUGUAAAAAUGAGAGUGGAGAAAGUGAAGGACUUGAAGGAUCCAAUUCGGUGCAACCAAAGCCACAGUUCCUUGCAAGGAAAGUCGCUGCAGCUCAGGGUGGGCCUGGAAGUAACUGGUAUUGAUUACAUGAGGCGUCUUCAGUGGGUAGUCAGCAAUAUUUCUUCUGCUCUACAUCGAGUCAUAUCAGACAGCAACAGGAACAUAGCUCGGCACGAAUCAUGGUUUCUAAUAGAACAAAGAAUGUGCUAUAAAUUGCUGAUAAUGCAGUGCACCAUGAAUUCCAUAUUUAACAGUGUCUCAGCGGCAGAGCUUGCACAAUGGUGGCAGUUCUACCUUACUGUUGGGGAUGAUGGUUGUUAGUUCCGUUGUGCGAAUUACUGAGUGAAGUAGAUAAGAUAUGGAUGGAUUGGCCAUGACCUGAUUGCUGCUCAGUCAAAAUCAAAGCCCAAAAUAGCAUUUAUCAAUUUCAUACGAACGAUACAGGGAGGAGAUACUGUUAUUUUAACCCCUAUUAACUUACUCUUUCAUUUUCACCAUCUCCAUUCUCCAGAUUGCAAUGCCAAAGGAGCCAUGACCCAUGAAGUCCAUCUCUCUCUCUCUCUCUCUCUCCCUCUCCUCUUAUGAAUGUUCCCCUUCACAAUAAUUAUGUGGACUCUGCAUCUUUGAAAAUAUGGUCAUUUGCAAAAAUAUUUUUUUCAGUUGACAUUUGAAUAUCAUAGUAUUGAAUAUAAAGCCAUUCCAAUGUUUUGUACUCUA